CGGCGAGAGGAAGGGUUUAGAGAUGGUGCCGGCUAUGUUCAUAUUUGGAGAUUCUCUUAUUGAUAAUGGAAACAAUAAUAAUCUUCCAUCUUUAGCUAAAGCUAACUAUUAUCCUUAUGGUAUUGAUUUUCAAGCCGGUCCGACCGGUCGCUUUUCCAACGGCUACACCAUGGUUGAUCAAAUUGCGGAGUUACUAGGAUUGCCACUUAUUCCAUCAUACACAGAAUCCUCCCCUGAACAAAUGCUUCACGGUGUCAAUUACGCCUCCGCCGCCGCCGGAAUCCUCGACAUCACCGGCCGUAACUUCGUGGGAAGAAUUCCUUUCAACCAACAGAUAAGCAACUUCGAGAAUACACUUGAUCAGAUCACCGGAAGGCUUGGUGCUGCUGACGUGGCUCAAUCGUUAUCUCGAUGCAUAUUCUUCGUCGGAAUGGGAAGCAACGAUUACCUUAACAACUAUCUAAUGCCAAAUUACGACACACGCAAUCAAUACAACCCUCAACAAUAUGCCGAUCUUUUGGUUCAACAAUACUCGCAACAACUCACUAGGCUAUAUAGCUUGGGAGCUAGAAAAAUUGUGUUGGCCGGAUUAGGGUUAAUGGGAUGCAUACCGAGCAUUUUAGCGCAAAGUGAUGUUGGAAAGUGUUCGGAAGACGUGAAUCAACUUGUCCUUCCUUUCAAUUACAAUGUGAAACUCAUGAUCAAUAAUUUAAGUGGGAAUCUCCCCGAUUCACACUUCACAUACAUAGAUGUUCACACAAUGUUUCAAGAUAUACUCGCAAAUCCCAGAUCUUAUGGAUUUAGCGUGAUUGAUAAGGGAUGUUGUGGAAUUGGAAGGAACCGAGGACAAAUUACGUGUCUGCCACUACAAAUGCCAUGCAUGAACAGGCGGGAAUAUGUUUUUUGGGAUGCGUUUCACCCGACGGAGGCGGUUAAUGUUAUUAUGGGAGAAAAAGCUUUCUCCGGCGAUCUGUCGGUGGUUUACCCUAUCAACGUCCGUCAACUUGCAAUGAUAUAAAAAAUG